GGCCUGCCAGGUGAUUUAUCGAUCUUUCAGCGUUAUGCUUCGAGCAAUUUACCCCAAAACCGCAAUCAUAUUUCACUGGAAAUGUAGGGGCGUUUAAAGCAAAAUCCUCAAUCACUUUCAAAUCAAAUCCUGUGCGUACAGAUACAAAUAAGCAAAGGCACAAAACAAAAACCACACAGCGGUUACAUCUUACAUAUAUGUGUUUUUUAUUAAGUAGAAUAUUUUAAAAGAAAUUAAUUAUAUAUAAGAUGAUCUCAGCUUAAUCACAUGUAUACAGGCAGAAGGAUGUGCCCUUGACCUUGAAGUAGACUGUACACUCUUAAAUAGAUUUUAAUUAUCUGGAUAAUUUAAUGAGGUUUCAUAGUUCAGUAUUAAAAGUUUAGACUGAACUGUGACUUUACACUUAACUUCCCAGCACUCUUUAGUCUCUAUUCGUCUCUUAAUCUGAAGCUGCGCUAUUGUUUUAGUCAUAACCAUCAGUAUUUGAGAUGGGGGAGGAGAUAUAUAGAAUACAUGUCUUGCUCUUCGAUUGUUAACUAGUUAUCUGCAGAAGGGGAAUAAUCGCUGGUGUUGUGGUUGCUCGAGUCAGAGGAAGAGUUUGAGGUCCGCUUAUAGGUGUUAUUAUCGAGUGCAACGUCAGCGAUGAGACAUGAGAGGGAGGGGGAGAGCGCGUGAGAGAGCCCUGUAAUUCACCCCUACUGUCUUAACAAAUCAAGCUCUUCAGUAUAGCCCCCUUUGUGUAUUCUCAAGAAAACAUUGUGUAGUGAGCUCUCUUCAAAGCCACCAGUGCAUCUGCUGUAGGGCUGAGAGGUUUUUUUCCAUCUCGAGGACAUAUCGGUGUGUUUUUUGGUGAACUGAGCGUUUGCGCGAGAACCGUUACAUCGCCUUGACGCAGGAGAUGCUGAGCAGACAGCUCGCGCACUAACCGGGACGUAACUUCCUGCCGAAUCGCACCAAGGACUCGUUCCUUCUUUCUGGAUGGAUAUGGAGGAGGAAUUCAGCACAUAAUAACCGAUUUAAUGAGAGAUGCUCCAAGAAAAGGCCUCAGCUGUGGCUGAUGAAGGUGUGACUGUGGCACAGUCUGGUGAGCUUGCUAAUGACUCUUCACAUCUGGGCUUGCCUGUGGCCCCGAGCAUUCACCACAACAAUGAAGUCGACCAGAACAUCGAAAACAUCAAAGUAGUUCUUCAUGAGAGGGAACUUUGGAAAAGGUUCCAUGAGGCAGGAACAGAGAUGAUCAUCACUAAAGCAGGCAGGCGGAUGUUCCCCAGCUACAAAGUAAAAGUCACAGGAAUGAAUCCAAAAACAAAGUACAUCCUCCUAAUCGACAUUGUUCCAGCUGAUGAUCAUCGUUACAAGUUCUGCGAUAAUAAGUGGAUGGUGGCUGGAAAAGCAGAGCCGGCCAUGCCUGGGAGGCUCUAUGUUCACCCUGACUCUCCUGCAACAGGAGCUCACUGGAUGAGGCAGCUGGUCUCGUUUCAGAAGCUAAAAUUAACAAAUAACCACCUGGACCCUUUUGGACAUAUCAUACUGAACUCUAUGCACAAAUACCAGCCCAGGUUGCACAUCGUCAAAGCGGAUGAAAACAACGCCUUUGGUUCUAAGAACACGGCUUACUGCACCCAUGUGUUUCAUGAAACCUCAUUUAUCUCUGUGACAUCCUAUCAAAACCAUAAGAUUACCCAGCUGAAGAUUGAGAACAAUCCCUUUGCCAAAGGUUUUCGUGGUAGUGAUGAAGGAGACCUCAGAGUGUCCAGACUCCCAGGGAAAGACUACCCAGUGAUUUCCAAAAACAUGGCAAGGCAACGGCUCCUCACAUCACAUACCCAUUUGGCUGGAAAGUUAAGUGCGGGGGUACUGAGUGGUCAUCCGCAGGUCCACUCUCACUAUCAGUAUGAUAGUGGGGUUGCCUUGUCUGGAACUGAUCCACAGGAGCCUCUAUCCAACCCAUUUCCUUCUGGCAGAGAGUCCAGUCUGCUUUACCAUUGCUUCAAGCAUAGAGAUAACAACAGGCAUUUGGAGCUGGGCUGCAAACGGCCAUACCUUGACACGGCACCCUCAGCAGUUUCAGAGGAGCACUACUUCCGCUCCCCUUCUUCCUACGAGCCCUCUUUACUGUCUCACCCCUACUGUGGUGAAGCAUUGGGCUCUAGAGAGGCCUGCAUGUAUGGAAGUAUGGAUGGUGAAGCAGGAGCUGUAGGUGUAUCUAAUACUGAGGACAUGCCUCCACCCUCUCUGAACUGCAACAUGUGGGCAUCGGUGCAGCCCUAUCCUCGUUAUGGUAUACAGACCGUUGAGGCUGUGCCCUACCAGCCCUUCAGUGCCCACUUAACAAGCACAGCCACUACUGCCUCCAUCGUCUCUCAUCACUCAACAUCUAUGCAAAGGCCACAGCCUGCUCCCCAGGUUCCAGACCUGGUGUCUUUUGGUACACAGCAGGCUAUGCCACCAGUACCAUCUUCGUCUUCCUCCUCUUCCUCAUCCCCAUCUGGUGCUUCCUCAUGUGACAGAUCAGCCCAUCUGCCGCUGUACCACAGGAAGCCAGGGUCCCCUCUGAGAGUCCACAGGGAUUUCUCAGCCUACCCAACCCAAAGCCCUGCAUCAUCGAGAGAGCCGGUAUACCAGUAUCAGAUGGGCCUCAGCAGCAUAGGGUCCCACUGGUCUGACAGCUAAGAUGAGAUGAAGAAGUGUAUUGUUUCGUCUGAUGUUUGUCUGUCACCUUAGAGUCACACACUGUCUCUAAGAACCCCAAAGAGAUUAUUUUUCUAUAAAGCCAAAUUGACAAGUUAACAUGCAAGUAUCAUACUGAUAUAAAGAACGGAAUCUGUAAAUAUACACCACUGUUCAAAAGUCAAUACACCAGCCAUACUGUAUUCAAAAUCAUAAUUGUAUUAUGAAAACAAAGUAUAAACAUAUACACUUUAGAUCUAAUUAACAUAUGCCAGACAAUAUGAUUGGUUUCACUUUUAAAGUAUCUGGGGAAUAAAAUCAGAAUUAAUAAACGAAGUGUAUAUCUGUAGCAAUUUCUCCAGGAAGCCUGCCUUAUUUGAUCUCCAUUUUUCAAAUGUAUGGCAUUCUGUAUUUUUAUAUUUUGUUAUAUAUUAAUGCCGUAAGUUGCAGAUCAUGCUGACAUAUCAGUAAAUGAUCAUAUCUUGUUUUACAGCUUCUGGCAAAUGGUUGGAAACCUAUGAAGGUGUACAUUGCUAGCUUCACUUUAGAGUAACAUUAUCUACAGUAUAUGGACCUACAACAAAAUGGAUUUUAUAUUAUUUAAAAUACAGAUUUCAAACAUUUGAGUGGUAAUUCCACACUUUUGAAGAGUAAUGUAUGGAGCGCAUAAAGCAUUUAUUUGCUCUAUAUCAAUGUCAUAUUUAUUUGUGUAUGGUGUAUGUUUAUAGUUGUGCUUACAAGUACAUUGGAUGUAACCAUGCAUAAGCACUGCACUGAAAGCACCAAGAGACCAUUAACUAGCUUAAGGAUGUUCAAAAUGUCAGUGCCAAUGGUGUGUUAAAGCACAAAUUGUCUAUGCUAUAAGAUGUCAGUAUAAUGUACGAGACAUAUGGGGUUAAUGAAUUUAAUAAUUUGAGAUUUCACAAUAUAUUUUUGAACAGCAAAGUUUUUAACACAAAGUCCAUUUCACACUGAGUGGGGUAUCACUAUUUGGUUUAGUUAACUAAUAAGAUGCUUAGAUAACUAAGACGAGAAGAUGCUGUUCAGAGUCCUAAUUACAGUGAGCAAACUAUGAGAAAGUAAAUAAAUAACUUGUAGUUUAAACAUAAUUUGCAACAUUCAAUAUAACCAUGAAUUCAAUACUGGAUGGAGAAGGAUCUUUAGCUCAUUGAAGCCAACAUUAUUUUCAAAACAAUUUAUGCACUGUGUACUAAAAAUUUCUGUGCAAAAACAUGUUGUGGACUGUAUUUCAUAGCAUUAGUGAUUUCAAAGGCUGUAAAGCAAUUGAAUUGUUUUUGUUAGUUCCCUGUAUGUACUUUGAGCUCAAUAUGGUUACGUUAAUGUGGCUCUAAAUGAGCUCUAUUCUGAAACAUGCUGUGAUAUGGGUCCAUACAGAAUUUGAGAUUUCAACAAUGUGUGCUGAGAGCACAGAAUUUUAGUUGAUUGUGGCAUUAAACUCAAUCCUACAUGGUACACUUAAAGUAACUGGACAUCAGAGAGAGUCUGCACAACCAGAUGGAGGCUUUAAGAGUGAUUCUUAAGCCAAGAGAAGAGAAGAACAGAGAACUGUUAAGAAGUCCAAGACCAAAGACCCAAAGGACUGAGCCCUUACAAGACUGAAAAUGUAAAACAGCAGGCAAAAGGCCAUAACACAAACUCAAAAAGGAUGAACCAGAUCUUGGUAAGCCUGCUUACCGCUCAUUAAGAAAAAAGGGAUGUAUCUGAAAACCAUAUGUUGGUCUGGUGAUCUGCAUGAUCCAAUUUGCUUUGGAUUCAACAUGUAACAAAAUCCAUAGCGAUUUUAUUUUUUUUUGCACACCUGUUGAAUAAAUGGUACUCCUUUUGUCUCCAAGUAAGCUUCUAAAAUGGGAUUGUAUUAUAAACAUGUUUAAACCAAAGGUAAUCCAAUCAUUGCGCUCACUGUAUUGUAAAGGCAAAUUUUAAACUGCUGACAGGAAUCUAUACUUUCUGUAGUGUUCAGUAGCUUUCAGUUAAUUUUCUCCAUGUUGCAUGCUUACAGAAAUCACAUAGUAAUAUUGUCAGAGGUUUAUCACAGAUUUACGCAUCAUUAAUCAUUGCCUCUGUCUCCAGCAAUGAUUUACGAAGAGAUUAACCACAGUGUUCAGGGAUAAAUACUGCAUUCA